AUGCAGCUGAUCCAUUUGGUCCUAAACAGCAGCAGCAGCAGCAGCAGCAGCAGCAGCAGCAGCAGCAGCAGCAGCAGCAGCAGCAGCAGCAGCGGCAGCAGCAGCAGCGGGAGGAGGAGGAGGAGGGGGAAGAGGAGCGGGAGCAGGAGCGAGAGGAGCAGCAGUAACAGCAACAGCAGCAGCAGCAGCAGCAGCAGCAGCAGCGGCAGCAGCAGCAGCAGCAGCGGCAGCAGCAGCAGCAGCAGUAGCAGCAGCAGCAGCAGCAGCAACAGCAGCAGCAGCAGAGAUGAGAAAGAAUAA